GAACAGGUGGCUUUUCCAGUUGGCAUAUGAACAACAGUAACAGAAACUAGAAAUCCAGUGUAUGUAGUAAAAAUAAUUGCAACUAAAGUGGCCCUGGACACAAAUUUCAACGAGGCAGAAACAGAAAUUCUGAUUGUCAAAUGGAAGAUGUGACUAUGCUGUGAAACAAGAAAUAUAAUUGAUGGAGAGAGUAUAGAAGAGAUUCUUUGAUUAAACAUACAGAUACACAAAUACUAAAACGAAUAUAAGGAGAAUUUUAAAAGCCUUAAGAAGGACCCGAUGCUAAUCAACAUAGGGAUGUGUUGUACCAGGGGCUGAAUACACUAAUCGUGAGGUAAAACUCAAUUUUAUUCUUUUUGGCUCAGUGCUGAUGUCUGGCCCACUUCAGAGCCGUCUGUGACUCGAUCUCUGCUCAUUUUCAACGUUAUUGUUGGUUGGGAGGCCAGGCGCGCAGAACUCCCAGCACACCUCUCACUCGCAGCAGCCCGGACCCCACCCACAGUGCCGGCCGCGUCCGGCUCCUGCCCCGCCCCCUUCUCUACGCCACCAAGAAGCGACCUUCCGCAGCUAGAGUGGCCCAACCGGGAGCGCGGCCGCGAGCUCCGGAAGGCGCGGAACCCCCCCCCAGGACCCGGUCCCAGGCUGCCUUUGACCCGAGGGCACUGUCCUCAACGCCUGGAAAAUGGUUUCCGCUAGUGGGACAUCAUUUUUUAAGGGUAUGUUGCUUGGGAGCAUUUCCUGGGUUUUGAUAACUAUGUUUGGCCAAAUUCACAUUCGACACAGAGGUCAAACUGAAGACCACGAGCACCAUCACCUUCGUCCAGCUAACAGGAACGAUUUCUUAAACACUUCGAAAGUGAUACUCGUGGAACUCAGUAAAAGUAUUCGUGUUUUCUGUAUCAUCUUUGGAGAAUCCGAAGAUAAGAGUUACUGGGCUGUACUGAAAGAGACCUGGACCAAACACUGUGACAAAGCAGAGCUCUACAAUACUAAAAAUGAUAAUUUGUUCAAUAUAGAAAGCAAUGACAGGUGGGUACAGAUGAGGACCACUUACAAAUACGUCUUUGAAAAGUAUGGUGACAACUACAACUGGUUCUUUCUUGCACUUCCCACUACGUUUGCCGUCAUUGAAAAUUUAAAGUAUCUUUUGUUUACAAGGGAUGCAUCCCAACCCUUCUAUCUGGGUCACACUGUUGUAUCUGGAGACCUCGAAUACGUGACUGUGGAAGGAGGGAUUGUCUUAAGUACAGAGUCGAUGAAAAGACUUAACAGACUUCUCAAUAACUCUGAGACCUGUGCAGAUCAAAGUGUGAUUUGGAAGUUAUCUGAAGAUAAGCAGCUGGCAAUAUGCCUGAAAUAUGCAGGAGUUCAUGCAGAAAAUGCAGAGGAUUAUGAAGGAAGAGAUGUAUUUAAUACAAAACCAAUCGCACAGCUUAUUGAAGAGGCAUUGUCUAAUAACCCUCAGCAAGUAGUAGAAGGCUGCUGUUCAGAUCUGGCUGUUACUUUUAAUGGACUGACGCCGCAAAAGAUGGAAGUAAUGAUGUAUGGCCUGUACCGGCUCAGGGCAUUUGGACACUAUUUCAAUGACACACUCGUUUUCUUGCCUCCAGUUGGUUCAGAAAAUGACUGAGGGCUGGAGAAUUAUAGACCUGUGCUGUCCAAGAGCACUUGAAAUGUGGCUAGUCCAAAUUCUGAUACAGUGUAAGUGUAAAAUACACACUUCAUUCAAUAAUUCAUAUAUUAUUUGAAAACAGUAUGAAGACAUAAAACAUCUCAUUAGUAAUAUUUUAUAUUGACACCACACUGAACUAAUGUUUGGGUAUUUUGCAUUAAAUAAAAUAUACUAUUAAAAUUAA